UGUUUUCUCAAGCCCGUACCAGGAACUUAAGUAUAAUUUUGACAGAGCAGUUUUAUUUCUCUUGUUGCACCGUCAUGACUGGCAGAGGGAGACCACUCAAGGCAAAGAGUCCUGGGAGUAAGUGUGCCAAGAGCAAAACCAAAUCUGAGGAUAUUAAACAAGUAUCUCUACCCACAUGUCCAAGUAAAGACUUUAAAGAAGAGAAACAGAUUCGUACCACAAAGGAACAGAAACCAAAGCAAAGGGAGCAGAAAAAGCCAAACCACACUGAUGAGAACCCGUCUGUACACAGCAAGCAAGAAGAAAAGACCACAAAACAUUGCACAGAGGAGAUCAACAAGCAGCAAAGGACACCUACAGACAACACAAAGGCUCCUGUACGAGGCACAAGAGCGAAAACCUGUGCUGCUAGCACCAAAUCAACAGAACAAUCUGCAGAGGAAAUAACAAAAACGAAGCCAAAGGACACGACAAAGGAUUCUAUAAAGACCACAAAAACAAAAAAAGAUUCUGGCAGGUCCAAAUUAUCAGAACAAUGUGUAGAGGAAAUAACAAAAGCGCAGUCAGAGACAGCAAAGUACACCACAAAGGCUUCUAUGAAGAAGACACAAGCAAAAACAUGUGCUAGCAAAGCCAUAUCACCAGAAAACUUAACAGAGGAGACAUCGAAGAUGCAGCCAGAAACACCCGAAUACACGACGAAGGUUUGUGCACCGCAACACAGGUAUGAAGACAAAGCGGCAGUGGACUCUAUCCUCUCCACAACUCUGGAAAAAUUGAAGAUUAACAAGAAUGACAGAGCAAACGCAGCAGAAGUCAUCAAUGAAAUAAUAAUGAGCAUAAUCAGGCAUUUAGAAAAUAAUACUCAAUGCUUUAAAGUAGUAGAACCCCUACGUACCGGAAGUUACUAUGAAAAUGUAAAGAUUUCUAAUCCUGAUGAAUUUGAUGUCAUGCUGUCCAUUCCUGUUGACCGAGUGAACAUCAAACCAUUUGGAGAUGGAGGAGCCUUUUACAGUGUGUCAUUGAAACGUGGCAACAGCCCUCUGAAAAAAUUUCAGGAGACUGACACCAGCCCUUUAUCUGCCAGUAAAAUGCUGGAGGAGUUCAGGAAAGAAGUGAAGAAAUGUGUCGAGGUGUUUACAGAAUGGGAGGUGACAAAAAAGAAAAAAGGCUGCCCUGCAGUGACCCUGACCACAAAAGUACAAUCAGUCACCAUUUCACUGGAUGUUGUUCUCUGUCUCAUGGUUAAAUCAAGCUGGCCUCCUUUUGCCCAAGAAGGCUUAAAAAUAGAGGGCUGGCUGGGAACUAAAGUAAGGCAGGAAUACAAGCGAAAGCCAUAUUAUCUUGUCCCAAAAUAUGAAGGCAGGGGCACAGUGGAAUAUGACGGCGUCCUUGCUAGAGAUGUUUGGCGGGUUUCAUUCUCUCAUGUUGAGAAAGCCAUUCUGAAGAAUCACGGAUCAGAGAAGACAUGCUGUGAAAGAGUUGGCAAGCGCUGCUGCAGGAAGGACUGUUUGAAGCUCCUAAAACACCUUCUCAGUCUGCUGAAGGAAAAGGACUCUUCAUUUGACAAGUUCUACUCCUACCUCGCCAAGACCACCCUCUUACAUGCCUGCUGCUCUAGAACUAGAGACAGUGAGUGGAGGGCCUCGAGUCUGAGCCAGUGUUUUCAGCAGCUCCUGGAGGACUUUGUAGGCUAUCUGGAAGAGGGUGUACUCCCCAACUUCUUCAUCCCAGAUCAGAACCUUCUGUCCUGUCCUGACCAGAAGAGGUGCAAUAGCCUGGCUCGUUGUAUCAAGGAGGAACGUGACAACGGCUUUCCUAUUUUCAAGCAUCAACUUCACAGCAAAGAGAAAGUGCGUGCCUCGUGACUUUUCCAACACCAUACCAUUUGAAACAUUCUUUAAGUAAAAAAUUUGGGCAACUACACUCAGGAUAGUCUUCAAGCACAUUUAUGUAAUACAGUUUAUUUGUAACUAUUUAAUUAUUUACUUUACUAAAGUUGCUCUUAUCUAAACCUACUUGUAUUGCAUUGUCACUGCUCAUGUUUUUGGCUUUUUUAUUUGUUUGUUAAAUAUUCUGUAACA